AGCGAGCUGACACUGUUUGACGGCAUGGCCAACUGCGGGGGCUGGAACGAGGAACCCGUGUCAAAAGAUAAGCAGCGACCACCGAUCUACAACCCCGAAGACUACGCGACUUCCCUGAAGAAAUGGGGCAAGAAGACGGGCGGCGGCAGCCUAUACGAGCUGGAGUCGGGGCAGGACCCCACCAAGGCGAGGACGCUGCCCAGCCAGGGCAGCAAGGACUUCAGGAACCCAUGCCUCAGUGUAGGCGAAGAGAUGACCCUUAGGCAGUUUGGCACCCCAAGCGAGUUACUCACCAAACUUAGAGCUGAUCUAAGACUGUCUUUUCCUAGCUUCGUCCAAGAGUUCGCGUGCGAGCCGCUAGAUGGAGUUACGUUGCUGCUGGAACUCCUGCGCAACGUGCAACUCAGCCAGGCGGGGGAGGGCGCGCGGGGACCGCCUGCUGUCAGGCGCAGGCCGCUGCUGGACGAGCUGGCUUGUUUACAAUGCCUGUGGAGUUGCUGUAGCAGGUACCCUGACUGCGUCCGAAGACUGGUAGCCGGCUCCAACGGCGUCUACACGCUGACCGUCUGCAUCAUGUCCACCGUCAACAAGUCCAGGAUAUUGGCGUUACAGCUCCUCACAAAAGCGUGCUACCCGCCAGCCAAUGGACACAGUAUGGUCUCCGAAUCCCUUUCUACCCUCCGCCUCCGUUACGGAGAGCCGGUCCGCUUCCGGUUCCUGGUGGGGAUGCUCCAGAGUGCCGGAGGGUCAGGAGACCUCCAGGCAGCUGGGAUGGCCUUCAUCAACGCCCUUCUCAUCAGUGCUCCAACGCCUCAGAGGAAAUUGUAUAUACAAGCCGAGCUGGAGCAGGCUGGAUUCGAUAUUGUCACUUUGAAAAAGCAGAUGGUCUCUAAGCUGCCGAAUGGGAAUGAACAAGUAGCAAAAGAAAUUGAAAGGUACGAGAAACAGCUGAUUGAUAUUGAUACUCUGAGCGAAAAGGCUAACGAGGCUCUGAAAGAAAAAGACGAUCUCAGAAGCAAGCUGGAACUGCUAGAGAAACGUGUUAAGAUAUUACAAGAAGAAAAGGGCAUUCUGCUGUCGUUAGAAAAAUGCCUCAAAGAAAAAUGCUGUGAGCUCCAAGAAGAGGUGUCAUCGCUGAGAUCUGAACAUGGAAACUCGAACAGAAAGAAAACUUUUGCUAUUAAGAAAAAAAACGCGGUUCAUAAAAACAGAGACGAGUCAUCCCCACCUGAAGAUGAAGGUAUAAGUUCCUCGGAGCGAUCACUGAGCCCUGAAGGCGACCCCCAACGAGAAUCAUUGGUAUACGAAGUCUUUAACGUCAAGAACGAAACCUACGAUUUGAUGCGAAACAAACGUCCUCUACACAAAAAACUCGAAUCAACCAAGAAGAUCGUUGACCUCAAAAAAUCAUCGGAUGAAGAAGAUGAAACGACCAUCGAUGAAGUCAUACAAGAGCUUAGAAACAUAGUUAAUCAUGCUGAGACCGAACAAUACAACAGAGAAGGUGAAAUGUACACUGAUGACAGGUCAUCAAGAUGUAACCAGACCUCUGAAAUUAAUGUCUCAGUCAAAACCUUGGAAUGUCAGAAACACAGAGAGGUCGAAAAAGAAGACUCUAUCACGAGCACCAGACACAGUAUUCAAAUAACCUCCAGCGGAGAGUUUGCUCAGGAGAGUAAUGAAGAUGAUGAAGAAAGUGAAAUUGUACCUACUAAAAUUCUGCCUCAUCCACCGAGGAAAGCGAAAAGUCUGAUUCAUUUGUUCACCCCACCGGCCGACCAAGGAUUACUUUAUAAUAAGCCACCUGAUUUGUAUGAUGAUACAUUUUACUCAAGUGAUGAAGGGUCUGACUCCCUAUUGAGCGCAUCUCGCUGUCAAAACCCAGUCACGAAGAAACCAUCCGGCUCCAGUUUUGACUUCCAUGAAUGCCGAGCAUUAUUUAAUACAAUGGCGGAAAAAGACAAAGUUGAUACUGGAAGAGAAAAACGACAUAGAACUAGAUCGAGAGAAGAAAAUCGAAAAACAUCAAUCAAAAGAAGCGAGUCUUUCCAAACAUCCGAAAAAGGUUCCCGCCAACGCGAAUACAUCGACAGCAUGUUUUACAACGAAAAUCACACUUCUAUCAUCGGCUCCAUCACUCCUCUCCAGAGGUCAAAUUCCAAAUGCAGCCGAGUAGACGAAAUAGUUAACUUAAUAGAAUCGAAGAAACUAACGAAAAGUUUGGACAGGAUUGAUGAAGGUUUGAAUUCUAUGGUAGAUAUUGUGAUGCUGUCCGAGCCUAAGAAACCAUCGUGGCCUUACGAAAGAAGACAACGAUCUUGCUCCAGAACCAGCAGUGACGCAGGGAAGGAAACUCCCUUGGUGCCCGUUACCAGAUCGAAUAGUAGGCUAAAUGGUUUCGCCCAGAGGUUUGACACCCGGUCUUCGAGCAACAAAGGAAAAGACGAUAUCCCCAAAUCGGAUUCCCAGAAAUUUUUCUUACCUCAUCCAAAACUGAGUACUGGAUCAUACGACAACCAUACCUCCUACAACAAUCAGUCUUUCUUAGUGAAACGCGGACAGAGUAACGCAGGGUUCUAUUCUGGGGCUCACUUGUUACGAGAUGCGCCGGCGAGUAUGACCAGUCUUGUCAUGACUGGGACCCACAGCCACGCGGAUCUGAAGCGUACCUUAUCACCCAUGGGGUCAACCAACAACUUUGGCUUGCAUAAAGUCACUGAUAUGCCUUCGGGAUUGUAUUGAUGCGCUCCACGCUCACGUUAUCAGUAAUCUAAACCAACGACUAAUUUAAGGAUCUGUACCUAAUUACGUUGACUAGUGCAAUAUUAAAUCCCAGCUGGGAAGGUAAUGUCUCACUGCAACUAGUUUCUGAAGAGAUUAGCUAGCAGCCAAUGCUAAGAUAAAUUCCCUGAAUCUGUUGCGGAAACUAGAUGUAUUUUUCUAAUUUAUAAAGUUGAUUUAAGCUCUAACGAGUAACAGUAUCUUGGUAAUUUUGUUUGUAGGCAAAAUUGGCUUAAGAUCACACGAUUUAGUUUUGAUUGCUGCCAGUUUUUGUUUUUUGUUUGUAUUUUUUAUUACCUUUCACUGUGUAAUUUGGUAGACUUCUAAAGAAAAUCAACAUUACUAUUUACCUCUAUGUUUGUUUUGUUUAACUUCUUGAAUUUAACUUUGUGUUUGUUUUCUUAUUAUUUUUUUACACUUCCCGAUUUCGUAUUAGUUUGAUAAUCUUCGAAAUUAUUAGUAUGCAUGCAAUAUUUUCUUCUACAUUUCUUUGUAAUGUAAAUAUUGUAUACCUCUAUUAGCAUACUUAUAUUCGAUACUUUCAUGAAAUGGUUAUCGUAUUAAACUUAUUAUUAUCAAAUUCA